AUGAUGAAGAAUUUCUGCGAGCGUCUUACCAUGCUUUUAAUCGCUUUAAUUACUUUCAAUCCAUCUUUCCAUGUCAUUGCUCGUCGAAAUGCUGCAAUUUUUCGUGGUAAUACGCUCACGGAGACGGAAGUAUUCUACCGAGGAACAAGCGCAGCGCAGCAUGCGCGAAUGUUAGUGCAUAAUAAUGUAUGGGCAACUUUGUCGACCUUUUCGGUCGAAUUUCAAGGAAUUCCAUUCGGUCAUACAGUCUCUUACAGCGGUGAGGAUAUAAUAGAAACAUUUUUUAACUAUGUUGAUCUAAAUGAGAUACUUACGAGUAGACGGAGAGGGUUACUGGAAAGAAGCAUCAACAGGUCAACUGUUCUUCUAUCUUACACCGAUGGAUUCUACUGGCAAGCAAAGAUUUUUUUAAUGGUUUGUUAUGGAAUCAUUGCAAGUAAUUGUUAUUCUUAUAAUGCAGGUGAUGAUUUAAGCGUCAAUUCGACGGCAUCAGUGUCAAUUUCAAAGGCACAAGAGGGAAAAAAUGCAUGCAUUUUAGACGUGGAAGAUCCGACAUGCUGGAAAAUAACAUUACUUGGUACAGUUGAGCCAGUGCCUGCUAAUCAGCGCCAUUACGCCGAGAAAGUGUUGUUUUCCAAACACCCGGACAUGAAGCACUGGCCUAAUAAUCACAGAUUCUGGCCUAGACGAGUACUAUCAGGUCAAGUUAUAGAAUCUCUAACAAGAAGUUAA